AUGUCGUCUGGACAUGGAGACUCGAAGCUCUUUGCCAGGGGCAAAGUCGCUGAGCUGCGAGCAGAGCUCACCAAUUCUGGCAAGAAGGACAAGAACCACACCACCAAGAAGAACGCUCUGAAGAAGAUCGUUGCCAAUAUGACAAUGAGCAACAACGACAUGGUUGCACUAUUUCCGGAUAUCGUGGCUUGCAUGGAUAUCCCAGUCCUCGAGAUCAAGAAGAUGUGUUUUUUGUACCUUCAGCAUUAUGCUCGAAUGAAACCAGAUAUUGCUUUGCGCGCGUUGCCGGUGCUCGAAGAGGAUCUUUUGGACCCCAAUCCGUUGAUCCGCGCGCUUGCAUUACGGACUAUUUCAUACGUCCACGUUCGAGAGUUUGUCGAAGGCACGAUCCCACCACUGAAAAAAUUAAUGGCAGACCAAGAUCCCUACGUCCGGAAAACAGCUGCCAUUACUGUCGCCAAAAUCUACGACCACGACAAACGACUUAUUGAAGGAUCAGACCUGAUUGAUAGACUGAACAGAAUGCUGAAGGAUGACAAUCCUACCGUUGUCGCAAGUGCACUUUCCGCGUUGCAGGAUAUCUGGGAGCGGAGCGAGAACAUUAAGCUGACAAUCGACUACGCGAGCGCAUCCAAAAUCAUCUCGAUCUUGCCAGACUGCAAUGAAUGGUCUCAGACAUACAUCUUGGAAGCACUCGUAUCCUACGUCCCGCACGAAUCUGGAGAGGCUCUCUUACUUGCAGAACGAAUAUCCUCUCGACUUUCACAUUCGAACUCUGCUGUGGUGCUUACCUGCAUUCGAGUCAUUAUGUACCUGAUGAAUUACAUCUCCGACCAGAAGAAAGUCGACGAACUUGCCCGCAAAUUAUCUCCCCCGCUGAUCACCCUCCUCUCUAAACCACCAGAGAUCCAAUAUCUUGCUCUGAGAAAUGCCAUCCUCAUCCUCCAACAAAGGCCUGAGGUCCUGCAAAAUGACAUCCGCGUCUUCUUUUGCAAGUACAACGAUCCGAUAUACGUCAAAGUGACGAAACUCGAAUUGAUAUUCAUGCUGGCCAACAAGAACAACAUUUCGGUGGUCCUUAAUGAGUUGAGAGAGUACGCGACUGAGAUUGAUGUACAGUUUGUGCGCAAGGCCGUUCGAGCAAUUGGAAAACUUGCAAUCAAAAUCGAACCGGCGGCGCGACAGUGUAUCGACGCACUUUUGGAGCUUGUUAACGCCAAAAUUCCGUACAUCGUGCAAGAAGCAACGGUGGUGAUCAAGAACAUUUUUCGCAAAUACCCGAACCAGUACGAAUCCGUCAUCUCGACCGUGAUCGGCCAGAUUGAUGAACUGGACGAGCCAGAGGCAAAAGCUGCCAUCAUCUGGAUCAUAGGAGAGUACGCAGACCGGAUCGAUAACGCCGAUUCGCUGCUCCAAGAUUACCUUUCGACUUUCCACGAAGAACCUAUAGAGGUACAAUUGGCGCUCCUGACUGCAACAGUCAAGCUCUUCCUUCACCGGCCAACGAAGGGCUCCUCAAUCGUUCCGCAAGUUCUGAAAUGGUGCACGGAAGAGUCGGACGAUCCAGACCUGCGCGAUCGAGGAUAUAUGUACUGGCGCCUGUUAUCUACCGACCCAGUGACUGCAAAGAAAGUUGUUAUGGGUACAAAACCACCCAUUACAGCCGAAAGCGAGAAAUUAGACCCAACAACUUUGGAAGAGCUGUGCCUGGGCAUUGGGACCUUGGCUACCAUUUAUUUGAAACCAGUACAGCAAGUCUUCCGGUCUGCACGAACACGCCGGCUCCAGGACUCGCCUGCUCUGCAAAGGAAGAGAGAGGACUUGACCCGCGCUCUGACUGGUAUGGAUCUCGCGAAUCCCCUCUCACUGAACACAACCGUCACAACUCCAGGCGGCACAGCCAUCCCCAAUCACCAAGCCGCGAUUGAAGCAGCCGACGAGUAUUUCAAGAAUUUGAGCCUGAGUGACAAUAGCGGGGGAGACAUUCUGACUAGCCCGACUGGUGGAGGAGUAGGAAACCCAUAUAUUGUCAGCCAGAGCGCUCCACAGCACAGCUUCCAUCCCCAAACUAGUGUUGCCAACAACGGAGAUCUCUUGUACUAG